AUGAAAGACCGCAUAAUACACUGGUUAGUUAUACCAAUAGUCUCAGUGUUGGUGUGGAUGCAAUUUUCAACACAUUUUGCCAAAAUCAAUAUACUGUGGGUUCCUCUAAAUAGUCACAUCCCUCAUGUCAAUUCGCUUAAAAAUAACACUCAUUUAGAUCUUCGAUCGUUUUUACGCUCUCACAAUGGAGAGUUCCCCGUAAUUAUGGAAAGAGAUGUAGAUACACAUAGGGAGAAUGCUGCAUUCAUGGUGCUUUGUAGAAAUGAAGAUUUAUACUCCCUUACUGAAACCAUUCAAAAUGUGCAAGAUCGAUUCAAUUCCAAAUUUCUGUAUGAUUGGGUAUUUCUAAACGAUGUUGAGUUUACCGAAGACUUCAUGUACAAUGUUUUAACGUUAAUUCCUCUGGGAAGUGUGAAAUUUGGAAAAAUACCACAAGAGGAGUGGUCAAUUCCAGAUUGGAUAAAUCAGACAUUAGCGAGAGAGAACUGGGACAUAUAUGAACAACAGAAUAUGAUAUAUGGCAAAAGUGAAUCCUAUAGAAACAUGUGCAGAUAUUUCCUGGGGUUCUUCUAUAACCAUCCUUUAAUGGCGACAUACCAAUACUAUUGGAGGAUUGAGCCAGGCGUCAAAUAUUAUUGUGAUAUAGAUUACGAUGUGUUUCAGUUCAUGCAACAGAACGAAAUACUGUACGGAUUUACUAUUUCCAUGUUUGAGUAUGCAGAUACAAUCCCAAGCUUAUGGCUGCUGUUUAAUGAAUUUAUGGACGUUAAUGAUUAUGAAAGAGGUGAUCUAAUUGAUUUUGUUCAAAACGAUGAUAAGGAUAAGACGUACAAUUUAUGUCAUUUCUGGACCAAUUUUGAAAUAGCAGAUUUAAGAAUCUUUCAGAACUCAAAAUAUCAGCAAUUCUUCCAGUACUUAGAUCAAUUAGGUGGGUUUUACUAUGAGAGGUGGGGGGAUGCCCCGGUGCACUCAUUGUUCAUUCUGAGUUUUCUCAAUGCGGAUGAAGUUUGGUGGUUUGGAGAUAUUGGUUACUACCAUGCACCGUACUUACAAUGUCCUAGAGAUACAUCGGUUCGCUCAAAGGGUAAGUGCUCUUGCAAUCCUGAAAAGGACUUUCUGUCUGAUAGGCUUAGCUGCACCAAUCUUUUAUUAGCAAUCAAGAAUAUGACAACGGCGUCAUAA